AAAACUCCCUGCUAUAACACGACGUCAACUCGCCGGACUUCUCUUCGGUGGUGCGUCGCCGGCAUCAAUCGAAUUAGUGAAGCUAUCGGGGUGUAGCAUUGGCGCGAUGUUGGCAAGCAGACUGGGAGCCAUCCUACGCAGGGGAAAGACCCAAUCAAACUUAGCAUCGCACUUCAGGGGUUAUGCUAGGUCUUCGCUUGAAUCAGGGUUUGUUUCCCCUUCGAGCUUGUCAUCGUCGACGUUUCCCGGGGAAUGUUUGCUCUCAAGAUAUUUCUCUGUUUACGGGUUCGGAACCCUGAAACAGAGUUGGUUGUACCCAUCUUCAAGAAAAAUGACUACCACUACAAUUGUCACGAGUUCAAUUAAGUCAGAGGCGACAUGUUCAGGAUUGAAACUGCUUGUUACUAAUGGACCUCAUGCUCAGAAAAAAGUUGGAGUGUGGCUGUUUGGUUGUGCAUCUUGGGUUUUUAGUCUUGUUAUACUUGGUGGUGUUACUCGUCUCACUCGAUCUGGUCUAUCCAUGACCGAUUGGAAAUUUACUGGUACUCUUCCUCCCUUUUCAGAGGAAGAAUGGUUGCUAGAGUUUAGAAAGUAUCAACAAUCUCCUGAAUAUAAAAGGGUGAAUAAAGGAAUGAGUCUUCAAGACUUCAAAUUCAUUUAUUGGAUGGAAUAUGCUCAUCGAAUGUGGGGAAGAGCACUGGGUGUUGUAUUCGCAGUCCCUUUUGCUUAUUUCCUUAUGAAAGGGUACAUCACUCGUCAACUUGGAAUUAGAUUGUCAGCCCUAUUUGCACUUGGUGCUGGCCAAGGAUUGAUUGGCUGGUGGAUGGUGAAGAGUGGGCUGGAGGAGCCAGCUUCUGAAUAUGUGCAACCAAGAGUUAGCCCUUACCGCCUAGCAACUCAUCUUACAUCUGCGUUUGUUAUAUACAGUGGUCUUCUGUGGACCGCUCUCUCAGUUGUCAUGCCUGAACCUCCAACCGAAUCCUUAAGUUGGGUAAAUGGCGCUGCCAAAAUAAGAAAAUUUGCACUUCCAAUAAGCAUCCUUGUGGGGAUUACAGCGGUAUCUGGAGCUUUUGUUGCUGGAAAUGAUGCGGGCCAUGCGUACAAUACUUUCCCUAAGAUGGGUGAUAUGUGGAUUCCUGAUGAUAUUUUUAGCAUGAAGCCGUUCUUAAGGAACUUUUUUGAGAAUACAUCCACUGUUCAGCUUGACCAUCGUAUCCUAGCAACGACGACAUUGGUUUCAAUAGUAACCUUUUGGUGGGCUACAAGAAAAAUAGACUUGCAUCCAGCAAUACGAUCUUUAAUUGGAAGUACGGUGGGGAUGGUGGCUUUGCAGGUAACGUUGGGCAUAUCAACACUUCUUUCCUACGUUCCAGUUUCUCUAGCCUCAGGUCACCAAGCUGGAGCAUUGAGUUUGAUGACUCUCAUGGUCCUCUUAAUGCAUACUUUAAGGAAGCCAUCGUCAGCUGCUCUCAGAUCUCUGGCUUCAUUGCCGAAAAGCAACGGCUAACUCAAAUGGAUCAACCAACUAUAUAAAUUGAUUCGUCUGAAGAUUCUCCAUAUAGCAAAAGCACCAGCUUGGAUAAAUUAGUGUGUCAUUAGAGUUAUGCUUCUCUUUUGAAGAGAUGGAAAUCCUUCAGUUUUCCUAUGUACUGUAGAACAGCUGCAAUUUUUAUCAAAAUUUUUUAAUUGUGGCCAACCUUGUUGGCUGAUGUAGUAUUUUCAGGUGGAUGUUUUGGAAUUGGUAAUAAUAGAUGGUUCAAUGAUGCAUUUGCUAUUUUUUAA